AUUUGAACUCAGGUCCUCCUGACUUAAGGACUGGUGCUCUAUCAACUGCCCCAUUUAGCUGCCUGUAGAUAUUUGCUUUUGAAAUGGUAAAUGUUUAUUAACUAAAGAUAUGUAGAUUAUUCAAAGAGUGUCUUUUUAGACAUUUAUUGGGACUUAAUAAGAGAAACUUCCUCUAGUAAUUAAGUAAUGAGAAACUUUAACAUAUAAGUCUUAUAAGUUCAUUUGAGUUUUUAAGGUAAGUUUAAACUGCCCAUGUUUAAAGACAAGAUUGGAUUAAGAAAGAGUGACAGAGGAAAAGAAAGGAUUAAAUAUUUUUUAUAUAGUACCUACUAUAUGUUAGGCAGAGCACUUUUAAAAAAAAUUUAUUGUACUAAAUACAAAAUAAGAAAAAAAACCCAGAAAAUAAAGGAAAAUUAAAAAAUAUAUAUUGUCAUGCAGGUGCAGCACUUUUUACAAAUAUUAUCUCAAUUGAUCUUCACAACAACCCUCAAAGUAGUUACUAUUGUCCCUAUUUUACAUUUGAGGAAACUGAGGUAAAAUGAUUUAAGUGAUUUGCUCAGGAUUAUAUAGUUAUUAAGUGUCUGUGGACACAUUUGAACUCGAGUCUCUUAAUUGCAGGCCCAGAAUCUAUCCACUGUUGUCCUUGGCUGCCUCUGCAAGAAUAUGCUAAUAUGCCUUUAUUCAGUGCUAGAUGAAAUUUAGGCAUGGAUGGGCAGAAGCUUUUGCAGGUAUCAGAAGUUCACAUAUUAAAUAUAUUUGUCCACAUGCACCAGUUAUGCCUGUUACCCUAAAUAUGAACAUGGCUAUGCCUUCUUGGUUUGAUAUUAUUGGUCUUUCUCCUGAUUCACAGGAGGAUGAGCAGGGAAUAAAACAAGCUGCAGAAAAUAUUAAGGCUUUAAUAGAUCAAGAAGUAAAGAAUGGAAUUCCAUCUCAUAGGAUUGUUUUGGGAGGGUUUUCUCAGGGAGGAGCUUUAUCUUUGUAUACUGCUCUUACAACACAGCAAAAAUUGGCUGGUGUUAUAGCUCUCAGCUGUUGGCUUCCACUUCGAUCUUCAUUUUCACAGGGUCCUAUAAAUGGGGUUAAUAAAGAUAUUUCUAUACUCCAGUGUCAUGGAGACUGUGACCCUUUGGUUCCCCAUAUGUUUGGUUCUCUCACUGUUGAAAAGCUAAAAACACUGGUAAAUCCAUCUAAUGUAAGCUUCCGUACCUAUGAAGGCAUGAUGCACAGUUCCUGUAACCAGGAAAUGUUGGAUGUCAAGCAAUUCGUUGAUAAACUCCUACCUCCAGUUGACUGAUAUCAUUUAAGAGGCCUUCUUUAGAAGUACACCAGCAUCAUUAUAGUCGAGAAUAAACCUUUUCACAUGCCCAGUCCUGAAACUUUACUUCUACUACUGCAGUGUUACUAUCAAUUUGCAAAUACAUGCCAAUGAUACAGAUGAAAUAAUGUCUCUUCUUGGGAAAAUUAUGGUCUUUCAAGUUUCUAUACAUAUAUUUGUAUGAUAUAUGUUAUAAAAUAUAUAAGUAUUAUAAUAAAUGAGGCAGCUGGAUUUUCUCUAAAUGUAAUUCAGCAUACUAAGAUAAAACACUGCAGUUUGAUUUUUUUGAUUAAAAUGUUCAAAAAAAGUGUUAGUAUGCUUAAUGAAAAUUUGUUCAGGUAUAAAUGAGCAGUUAAAAUAUAAUCACUUUAUGCGUGCUGUGACUUAGUAUAAGGAUUUGUUCCAAAAUUGCUUAGUCACCAUGCAUCUUCUGUAUUUUUAUAUAUGUAUUCAUAUAUAUGUGUGUGUAAUCCAUAAUAAGAAUGAGAUGGUAUUACAUUAUCCCUGAGAAUAAGGGAUAAUGUUUUUUAAGUGUCAAUGUGUAAUAUUGUGCUCUUCCAUCUUAAUGGCCCUUGUAUUUAGGACCUUUUAUUCAUAUUUACUUGGCCUGGGACAUCAUCAGGGUUCAAUUCUGAAAAUUCCUUGAUGAACUUCAAAUUGAUAACUCUCAAAUUUGUUAUGAAUAUGAGCAGAUGUUUAAUUUCAAUUAUUUUUCAUGGAUAAUUCAUGGAUAGAGGAAUGCUUGGGUUUCUGUAGAUUAAUGGAUUUGGAUUUGAGUUUACAUGUUUUAUAGAUAUAUUCUAAACUAAACACUGUGGAAAAUUAAUUAGCCAUUACCAGAAUUUUCUUUUUUUUCCCCUUUUUGUCAGUUGAAGAAUGUGAGAUUCUGACUUUUUCAAAUGUCUUUUUAGAAUUAAUUUUUGUGCAAACAUAAAAAAAAUUUGAUUUUUAUACAGACAAAAGUCUCAGAUCACUUGGAAAAUUAUUGAGAGACGAAUUUGUUAAUGAACCAGUAGGGCUGUAUAACUAGUCAGAACCCUAUAACUAAGCAUUCUGUUAUUAGAAUACUUUAAGACAUAGCAGAAAAGUAUGCUUGGGGUUUUAGAACGGUUAGUAAUUGUUCUGCUAUAUUGCUAUGUUAUCAGUGCAUCUUUAUUAAAUAGGUGCUAAUUGACACAUAAUGGAUAUAAUUUAGUAAUGUACUGUAUAGAAUGUUAAUAAUGAAACCAUAAGUUUAAGGUCUGGGCUUUAAAAUUUAAAACAAUCAUUUACUGAAUCACUUUUAUUUUGGAGAACAUAAACUGUUUUAGUUGGUAUGAAAAUCAAUGAGAUGUUACUUUAUUUAUGGUAAGAAAUCUCUUAUAUUCCGUUGAAAUGUUUUGCUGUAGAUGGGAAGAUGUACAUCUUUUUCACAGUUUCUAUCAACGUGAAAUAAAGUUUAAAGCUGA